AUGAGUGUUAUAUCAUUACAAUUUGGACAGUGUGGAAAUCAAAUAGGCAAUAGUCUUUAUUCAACUAUAACUCAAGACAUAAAUGCAAAGAAUGUUUCAAAAGAUAGCGCUUAUUGUAACCGGAUAGUGAAUAAAUGGUUCAGUAUUAAUAAACAUGGGAAGUGGGAACCUCGGUCAGUGCUUAUCGACACAGAGUUUAAAGCAAUCCAGUCACUGGAGCCGUUACCAUACACAUUUAAAAAUGUUGUAGCUAAAUCUUUUGGUGGCUCGGCAAAUAAUUGGGCUUGUGGAUAUACAAGAAAUGGAAAAAUUCUAGUGGAUGAAGUAAUGAAUGUAAUACGAACAGAGACUGAAAAGUGUGAUUUUUUAAGUAGUUUCUUAAACUUGUACAGCUCUUCAGGAGGCACGGGUUCUGGAGUGGGAAGUUUUAUAAUAGAACAGCUAAGGAAUGAUUAUCCUAAUAAGCAUAUCGUUAAUAGUAUAGUACUUCCUUAUGUAAAAGGUGAAAUCGUAACACAAAGUUAUAACAGCUUAUUAGCUUUAGCCCAUUUAUAUUCAUUAGCAGACAGUACGAUAUUAUUUGAAAAUGAGAGGUUGCACUAUACCUGUAAAUAUGCAUUGGAUGCCGAAGAUGUAGAUUUUUCACACAUGAACACAAUAAUCGCACAACAGCUUGCUGCACUUUAUCAACCUCUUAAUAUAGACACUACAUGUUUAUUAAACAAUUUGACUUCGCAUCCAUCAUAUAAAUUUCUUCAAAUGAGAAGUGAACCACAUUUUUCGAAACAGAAUAUGAAAUUUGAAGCAUCUAAGUCAUGGAAAACGCUUAUGACCACAAUUUCAAAGCAGUCUCGCUUUGAUUACAUGUACCAGAAACAUGCCAAGCUCCGUAAUAAAACUAUUUGCAGUACGCUGAUAACAAGAGGCUCUGAUCAUCCAACUGAAAAAGAUACGAAGUGUAUUGGACAAAACGAAACUUAUGUGCCUUGGUUAACACGAGACAAUUCUUUUAAGAUGUACCACCAAACUAAGAACUUUUUAAAUUUUGACAAAUACAUAGUGCUGAUAUCAAACGAUACUAGGGUGUAUGUGCCGUUGAAUUUUAUCGUUGAAGACUCUUGGAAUAUGUUUAAUCAUGGUGUAUAUUUGCAUCACUACAAGAAGUAUGGCAUCGAUGAGGACUUCUUUUUAAAUUCGUUUCAAGUUUUGGAAAACAUUUUGGAUUCUUAUAAGUGUGUGUGA